AUGGAGAACCUUACAUUCACAAACAGCAUUCUGCUGGUGGAGGGACUGAAAGUUACACCUCAGUCUUCUUAUCCUGUUUUUAUCCUGCUACUGUUGACUUAUGCAUUUGCAACAAUAUCAAACAUUGGACUUAUAUUUCUGAUCUCAACAGAGAAAAGGCUACAUGAUCCUAUGCACUUUCUCUUCUGUAAUCUUCCACUGAAUGAUAUAUUAGGAACCACUGUCAUUUUACCACGAUUGCUAAAGGAUAUUUUUACAGAAACCUCUAAGCGUUAUAUCACGUAUGUCGAGUGUGUUGUUCAAGCUUAUUUUGUGCACAUAUUUGUAGCGGCCAGCCACUAUGUACUGAUUAUAAUGGCAUUUGACAGAUAUGUGGCUAUAUGUAAUCCACUGCGAUACACGACUAUAAUGACAAAUAAAAUGGUGCUUAAACUGUCAGCAUCUGCUUGGGGGUUGGCAAUAUUUUUAGUGUCUAUAAUGUUAGGCCUCACCAUACGUCUGUCUCGCUGCAGAUAUCAAAUUGAAAAUCCUUUCUGUGACAAUGCUUCACUGUUUAAACUGUCCUGUGAAAAUGUGUCUGUCAAUAAUGUGUUUGGAAUCAUUUACACAGCAGUUGUACUCAGUCUUUCAGCGAUGUGUAUAUUGAUAACAUAUGUGAGAAUUGCAACUGUGUGCAUAACCAGCAAAAACAAAGCGAUUAACAGUAAAGCCAUAAAAACCUGUUGUACUCAUUUAGCUGUUUAUUUAAUCAUGUUCACAUGUGGAGCCACUUUUAUAUUUCUUCAUCGCUUUCCUGAAUACUUGGAAAGCAGGAAACUAGCUAGUAUCAUGUUUCACAUUGUACCACCAGGAUUAAAUCCUUUAGUGUAUGGUUUACAAACCAAAGAAAUAAGAGAUAAGGUUGUAAAAUUUUGGUGUAGAAAAAAAGGGAAUUCAUGA